UAUUUUGAUAAUCACUUUCUACGCUCAACUUAAUUAUGUCCUACUUAGACUUAAUCAACUACAUUUUCAUAUCAUACAAAAUUUCCAAAGUGUAAAAUGCAACUUUAGUUUUGGAAACAAAUUAAAUAUAGACAUAUUCCAUUGUCGCAUUAUCAAUUUAUCACGUGAACUCCAACAUUCUCUUCUUUCAACGUAAAUAUACAACCAAAAAAAACUCUUAAUCCUAAAGAUCCACCCAAAACACAGGUUCGGAAGAUGGAGAAGCUGGUGGAAGUGUGCGAACCAGCUGAGGUUCGGAUAGAAUUCACACUCAACACCAAAUGCCGAGCCACUGUACAACUCAAGUCACUCCACUCAACCACACCAAUAGCUUUCAAAAUCCAAACCUCAUCCCCCAACAAAUUCCUGGUUAACCCACCGAGUGGACUCAUUCCACCUCUCUCCAUCUCCACCUUCCAAGUAAUCCUCAAACCUCAACCCAAUCUCCCUCGAUCUUACCCUCGUUCACCCUCCGACCGUUUCCUCAUCAAAACCGCCGAGUUUUCAUCCAACUCGUCCGAUUCAACUCACCCCGAUUCCAUCAACUCAUGGUUCGCUUCUCGACCUUACGGAUUCUCCACUUACGAUAUCAAACUCAAAGUAGCUUUUAUCGGUUCGUUUCUUCUACGCGACGCCGUUUCUCGCGCCGAUUUGGAAACUGUUAGGGGUUUGAUUAAACGGCAGCGUUCUGUGUUGGCUGGUUUGUCUCUGGAUGAGUCUAACUCGCUUCUCCGAGUUGCUUCCGAGUUAGAUAACCCAGAUGAUAUGGUUCUUCUUCUCCUCGAAGCUGGAUUGAGAAUUCACGAGACGGUUAGAUCGGACCAUUUUAACCGUCACGAUGAUGUACACGUGGCAGAUGCAAACAAUGUACAACACGUGGAGGAUGUGGAGCAUGGAGAAUUGGUGUUAGAGGCAUCAAGAAAUGGAAAUGUGAGGGAACUUGAGACGUUAUUAAGAAUAGGUGUGAAUUUCAACUACCGCUAUGAUUAUGGUUUAACAGCGGUUCAUGUUGCGGCAUUUAAAGGGCACAAGGAAGCGGUGUUAAUGCUAUGUAAGGCAGGGCUAGAUUUAGAAUGUGAGGAUGAUGAAGGUCAUGUGCCUUUGCAUAUGGCGGUGGAGAGUGGUGAUUUUGAGACGGUUAGGAUUUUUGUUGAAAAGGGUGUGAAUGUUAAUGCUAUGAAUAAGAAGGGUGUUACACCUUUGUACUUGGCUAGAGUUUGGGGACAUGAGGAUGUUUGUGAGUUGCUUAUUGGGAGAGGAGCGUUGUCUACUCUUUCUCUUGCUUUAGCUUAAAAUUAUAGUACUACUUUUUGUCAUCAACCAUAAAAGUUGCUUAUUAAAUAAAGUUGUUCAAGCUUAAUAAUAA